UGUACCAAUGAGCUGAGUAGAGGGGCUGGCUCGGCUCGGGGCGGAGGCUGAGAUACCGGUGCUGCCUAAGGGAGGUGGUGGCCGAUCUGGACGUGGGGUGGCCCGCAAUGAAGCCGAGAGUACUUUCUAGGGUGCUGUCUGCCACAGGGUGGGGGAGGGGAGCUGAAUUGUCCAUCACUGCCGGUGCCUGAGUGGAUAAGUCCAAUUCUGAAGUGAAGAAUUGACAAGCCCACUUGACCUCAGUGGGCUUAAAGCCCAUCCUCCAUCUCAUCCUCCAUAAUAAAACUGACAUAUUGAUCUCCAUGCCUCUCCAGUGUCUCAUCCCUCAGUUGGCGCCAACUAGGAAGUAGAAGAAAGCCUACUUCAAUGCAAACAAGUGAGUUUGACUCAUCAGAUGAAGAGCCUAUUGAAGAUGAACAGACUCCAAUUCAGAUAUCAUGGCUACCCCUGUCACGAGUGAAUUGUUCUCAGUUUCUUGGUUUAUGUGCUCUUCCAGGUUGCAAAUUUAAAGAUGUUAGAAGAAAUAUCCAGAAAGAUACAGAAGAACUAAAGAGCUAUGGUAUACAAGACAUAUUUGUUUUCUGCACCAGAGGGGAACUAUCAAAAUAUAGAGUUCCAAACCUUUUGGAUCUCUACCAUCAGUAUGGAAUUAUCACUCAUCACCAUCCAAUUCCAGAUGGAGGGACUCCUGACAUCACCAGCUGCUGUGAAAUUAUGGAGGAGCUUGAAAUUUGCCUUAAAAAUAACCGGAAAACCUUAAUACACUGUUAUGGAGGACUUGGGAGAUCUUGUCUUGUAGCUGCUUGUCUCCUCCUAUACCUGUCUGACACAGUAUCACCGCAGCAAGCCAUCGACAGCCUGAGGGACCUGAGAGGAUCUGGAGCGAUACAGACCAUAAAAAUAUAUAGAAUUGUGAAUUUUUCACCUCCCUCCCAAUGCCAGAUCAUCCCCAACAAGUGUUUAUCCAGCAGUUGCUGGAAUUUUCCAAGAUGAGGAAUUCAUUGGUUCAGACAGCUGCUAUUUUUUACAGCACUGUUUUUUUAACCCUAGGAACUACAAUGGAAUGAAUUUAAUACCUCUUUCACAUUUAUUUUAUAAAGCACUUACCUAAAGUUUAAGUCUCCAGUUUUCUCACUCCUUCACUCUCUGUUACCUAUGUCUUUGUCUUUAAAUUUCACGCUGAGCUACCGAAAGCAAGCAUUUGCAGACAAGGAUCAUACCUUGAGUCAAAGUCACCUGUUUUAAGAGACGUCAGCAGUUUCAGUGCUGCAGAACCCCACAGCUCUCUUGGCUACUGGUAGUCAAGAAGGUGACCAACAGAGGAGGCACUUGCGGACAAGCAAAGCAUAUUUCACCACAUCAACCCUAAUCUGUAAAUAGUCGUAUAAUUACCAAAAGUCUUACUGUCUCUCACUCUUCUUGCCCUGAUGAGCUACUAAUCUCAUUUAAGAAUACUUUAAAACA